AGGCGCACUUCCUUAAAAGGAACUGGGAGAGGAAGUCUGAGCCGUCCCAGCAAACACCACCUCCUACGCCAGGCAACGUCUUCCAAGAGGUUCUGGGCGGAGAGAAGAGAGGAGACUUACGCAGAAACGAAACUUUUGGAGGCCGAGACGUCACCGGCGGGAAAUAAAAGUGUCGCUCACACGCACACACACUCCACUACCUGUGAGGACCAAGAUGGAGAAGAAGGGCUCCGGGUGUUAUGUUUCCAUGGUGAUGGCAGCACUGAUCCUUGUGGAAGCUUCUGGAGGACAGGUCCAUGCAUUGUGGACCACAGCUUCUCCGGACUUAAAUGGGAUGAUGGUCACGUUGUCUUACAGAGGGGGAGGAGUCUCCUUCUACCCGCCUAAUUACUCUAUUCCCCCUGACAACACCAGAGCCUACCCCACCAGGGACUACCCCACCAGGGCCUACCCCACCAGGGACUACCCCACCAGGGCCUACCCCACCAGCGCCUACCCUAGCUGGACCACAGAGUCACCUCCUCGAGGUGUGAGCGUGUGCGUGCGCUACCUGAUGGGCGAGCAGACCUCCUCCUCCUCCAUCUUCCAGCUGAGUCCGUCCAGCCAGGCGGUCAUGAGGCUGACAACUGACAACCAGGGCUCCUACAGGCUGAACUGGGAAAAACUGACGUACCAGUCCGUCCGCCUGGAUCCCAGGAUCAAGAUGUGGUCCAAUGUCCAGCCGGAUAUCUGGACCAGGGUGUGCGUUACCGUGGAUACGCUGCGGGGCGUGGCGCAGCUCUUUAGUGACAGCAACAUGAGCGUCAGGGCGAUAAUACCGUCGAAGUUCGUGUGGUCAGGUGAGCCAGUGGUUGCGAUGUCAGGUUUUGAUGGUCAGGUGACAGACCUGCAGGUGUGGGAUUAUCCUCUUACAUACUACACCAUCCUGACCUACAUGAACAGAUGGCUCAGUGGUUCGGUCCUGACCUGGUCCAACAUCGGAUACUCCCUGACAGGAAGUACAAUCCUGGAGCUCACCUAUGAGCGCAGGCAGAAGAAGAGCGCCAGCAAAAAGAGUCGAGGGCGUCGACCACAAAAGCCUCGCGAGAGCGGCAAGAACAGCGUGCCCAAGAUUCUUACUCGGGCCCACUAACCCACACAAGCCCACUAACCCAAACGGGCCCACUAACCCACACAAGCCCACUAACCCACACGGGCCCACUAACCCACACGGGCCCACUAACCCACACGGGCCCACUAACCCACAUAGGCCUACUAACCCACACAAGCCCACUAACCCAAACGGGCCCACUAACCCACACAAGCCCACUCACCCAAACGGGCCCACUAACCCACACGGGCCCACUAACCCACACGGGCCCACUAACCCACAUAGGCCUACUAACCCACACAAGCCCAUUAACCCACACAAGCCCAUUAACCGGCGUGCGCAGUGGAAGAAUGGCCGUGCGCGACCCGAGGGUCCCUGGUUCAAUCCCCACCUAGUACCAACCUCGUCAUGUCCGUUGUGUUCUGAGCAAGACACUUCACCCUUGCUCCUGAUGGGUGCUGGUUAGCGCAUUGCAUGGCAGCUCCCUCCAUGUGUGUGUGAAUGGGUAAAUGUGGAAGUAGUGUCAAAGCGCUUUGAGUACCUUGAAGGUAGAAAAGCGCUAUACAAGUACAACCCAUUUAUUUAUUUAUUUAUAACCCACACAAGCCCACUAACCCACACGGGCCUACUAACCCACACAAGCCCACUAACCCACACGGGCCCACUAACCCACACAAGCCCACUAACCCACACGGGCCUACUAACCCACACAAGCCCACUAACCCACACGGGCCUACUAACCCACACAGGCCCACUAAUCCACACGGGCCUACUAACCCACACAGGCCCACUAGCCCACUAAUCCACUUUGAAAGUGAAGACUGCGUGUGUGGUUGAAUAAUGUGUGUUAGGUAAGAAGAAGAAUCUCACUAUGAUGCAGAAAUAAAUGAAGAGAUGUUUGAACUAACACAAAGUAAUAAAUAUUGUUCCCAAUUUGGAUUGAACACGAUUAAACAUCUUAUUACUCAUUUCUAAUUACUUGAUUAAAGACUUCAAUGUUGUGUCAAAUAAGUUGAUUAAAGACUUCAAUAUUGUGUCAUUUCUAAUAA